AUGCAAGUGCCGGUUCUCGGCUGCACUUUCCUCACGCUGUCAGAUCGUGAGGAAAGUACUGCCGAGAACCGGCAGUUGUCAGAGCGGGGAUCGGCACCGAUCAUCAGGUCACUGAUGAUCAGUGCCCUGAUGAUCGGUGCCCAGCAGUGGCACCCGCAAGUUCCGCCCACCUGUGCCCAGCAAUCACCCACCUGUGCCCAGCAGUGCACCCACCUGUGCCCAGCAGUGCACCCACCUGUGCCACUCUGCAGUGUCACCCACCUGUGCCCAGAAGUGCCACCUACCUGUGCCCAGCAGUGCCACCCACCUGUGCCCACCCACCUGUGCCCACCAGUG